AUGCCUGUGGCGUCGAUACCGCACGGACAGCGGGAGGAACCAGAUUCCGCGGUGCGCCGCUCGUUGCCACCACCGCCCGUGUCAUUGGUGCCAUCAACACCGAUGACACCCCGCAAAGUGUCGCACCAUAGACGGCACAGCAGCAGCAGCAGUGGCUUGCGGCAGGUCCGCGAGUCACUGCAUGCCAUGUCCGUUCAGCUGAGCGAUGGUUCGCGCAAAAUCAACCAGUACCGCUUCCUUCGGUGCCUGGGACAUGGAACGUUCGCCACGGUGCACUUGGGUGAAUUUACGAACGAAGAGGGACAACUCCAACUUGUCGCGAUCAAAGAGUUUGACAAGCGCCGUCUACGGAAAAAGAGGCACCAUGAUCUGCCGCUGCAUAUGAGACGAAAUAUGCGGGCGAUGGAUGCAGAGGAUCCGCUCUACCUUGUGCGGACUGAGGUGGCCAUCCUUAAAAAGAUGUCUCACCCGCACGUUGUACAACUCUACGAAGCUUUGGACGAUCCAGAGAACGACAAGCUCUUCCUUGUUUUUGAAUACUGCGCAGGCGGACCACUGUGUCACAUUGAGCCAGGUCGACAGGGCGAGCGACUCGCGGAAGACAAGGCCCGCCUCUACUUCCGCCAGAUCCUUAGUGGCCUAGAGUAUAUGCACGCCAACGGAAUCAUGCAUCGCGACAUCAAGCCUGACAAUAUCCUCAUGUCAAACGAACUCGUGUGCAAGAUUUCAGACUUUGGCGUCUCGAAGAUGAUCUGGGAGUCUGGCAGCGAUCUAGUCCACCAGUCCGUCGGCACACCCGCCUUUAUGAGCCCUGAACUGUGCCAUAUCGGCGCCGUCGAGUCUCAUGGGUAUUCAGACGACGUCUGGGCAUUGGGCAUCACCUUAUAUGCACUACUGAUGGGCCGCCUCCCGUUCUAUCGCGACGACUUAUUCGAACUCUAUGAAGCCAUUCAGCACGACGAGCUCUGUUUAAAGGACUGCCGCGCCAGUCCCGCGUGCCAAGAUCUGCUCCGUUCCAUGCUGGACAAGGCGGAGCCUAAUCGCAUAUGCGUGCCGGACAUGUUUAAGCAUCCAUGGGUCACAGAUCACGGCCGGGAUCCCAUGCCGCCUCUGACUUUGACAGACGACAAAGCUAUUGAUCAGGUCACGGAGGAAGACUUACACGAUGCGGUCUUUCGCAUAUCCAGCAUGUUUGCUGUAGCGUGCGCCGUGUCCAAAUUCAAGCGCGCCGGUUCACGGCAUAGCAGCACGUCUACUUUGGACGGCACUGAAUCGAGUGAGCCCACACCACUUGAUAGUCGGAAGCUCAGUAUGGAUACCCCACCGCUAUCAGACACCUCAGGGGCUGCUGCUAUACCCCUGGUCCUGUCGCCCGUGGCUACGAUGGACGCGUUUCACGACUCUGAUUGCCAAGAGCCGGAGAUCUAUGUAUCAUCACCAAAGGCAAAGCAUACAAACGAACAAAUACCAUAG